GCGGAGGAGUAGUUUCUUCCUUUGAUUUAUCUGUUCGACCUGAUUACAGUAUGCUCUAGAUAAUAGUUUGGUUGAUUGAUUUCAUGUUUUAGAGAGGAUCUAUUCAAUGAAGUUUGAUUUUAGUUUUUUUUUUUCAAAAAAUAAUUUAAAAUGUUUGCUUCGAUGUUCUUAAAAAAAAUUAGGCCUUUGUUUUGAAUUUCCUCAGUUGAUUAGCUUGUGAUUUUGAUGUUCUUUGCUUCGAUGUUCUUUGUUGUUUGUUUUUGUUGAAAUAUAUGCUUGCAAGUUGUAUUUACCAUCUACAAAGUUAUGGACCACAAAGAGCUUUCUUUGUGUGGUAUAAACUAAGCAAUAUUUCUUUCCCAUGUAUUACUAUACUGUGUCAUUGCAGCUAUUGUUGUUUCAGACAGAAGGACCAACUGAAAUGGAGAAGAAUGUUGAAGAUAUGCCACCGAAUGCAGAACCUGAUAUUAAUAUUGAAGGCCCCAGUACAGGAAACUUGGACAGUAAUCAGAAUCAGGAGGGCUUUUGGAGGUGAUGAUUCAGAUGUUGGAUCCCCCAGGAUUAAUCUCACAGCAACAGCAAAAUCAAAUCCUCCUGUAGAUUCUCAGUCACUUAGAGAGUCUGACAUUCAAUUAAAUAUGUUUCUUUUAGAUUUUAUUUUAUUAUUUUAUUUUUUUUAGGAUUUGGGUGAAUUUUAUAAUUUAAAUAUGUUUUUAUGAACAUGUACAAUUUAAUUGUUCUUUGUAAAAUAUUGAAUUUGAUGGUU